AUGCUUCGUGCGUACUGGACGCUGGCGCUCGAUGGCCAAGCGCCGUACGCCGUUCGCAUGGCGCCGCGCUACUGCUGCCUGCGCUUUCACCGCGGCUACAUCUUUCUCGCUGCGUUGCUGCUGCAAUUCGUCGCGGGCUCCAUCUACGCCAUCUCGUCCGUCGCGGGCCCAAUCAACGCCUACUUUCGCUUUCCAGAGGACAGUUCCAAUGCGCAAAAUGCAAUCGUCCUCACGGGCAUCCUCGCUGUCCUUGCGCAAGCUCUUCUCGGGCCGCUCGUCGAGCGCAAGGGGCCGCGCAUAAGCCUCGCUAUCAGCACCUGCGUCAUGGCCGUUGGUCUCUUGACCGGACAGAUCGCGACCGUGCUUCGCAUAUGGCCACUGCUGCCCAUCGGGUGCGUGCCAUCGACUUUAUCGACAUGGAUCGCCUCACAAUAUUGA